AUGACGGCCGGAAGCCUUAACGAACCGAUUGCCAUUAUUGGAAUCGGCUGCAGAUUUUCAGGAGGUGCCACAGAUCCAGACAAGUUCUGGGAGCUUCUCAGGAAUUCACGCAGCACUUGGUCCGAAAUUCCAACUUCACGAUUCAACGCAGAUGGAGCUUACCAUCCAGAUCCGGAGAAGAAAGGCACUUCAAACGUGAUGGGUGGCCAUUUUCUAUCUCAGGAUAUAGGAGCUUUCGACGCUUCCUUUUUUAAUUUCUCGAGUGAGUUUGCUGCUACACUAGAUCCUCAGUACCGCAUGGAACUUGAAGUGGUCUAUGAGGCCUUGGAGAGCGCUGGCGUUCCUCUCAGUGCGGUGAAAGGCUCCAAUACAUCAGUAUACGCUGGAGCAUGCUUCCGGGACUACCAUGAUAGUCUCAUCAGAGAUCCGGAUACCUUACCAAGAUCUUUCAUGACUGGAAAUGGUGUUGCGAUGGCAUCUAACCGCGUUUCGCAUUUCUAUGACCUCCGAGGACCGAGUAUAAGCAUUGACACGGGAUGCUCAACCACUCUUACAGCAUUACACUUAGCAGUUCAGGGCCUCCGGUCGUUUGAAUCUGAUCUAGCAGUAGUUUCGGGCGCGAGUUUGAACAUCAACCCGGAUAUGUACAUCACAUUAUCUAAUCUAGGUGUUCUUUCCCCUGAUGGUUUGUCCUACAGCUUCGAUGAUAGAGCAAAUGGAUAUGGUCGUGGGGAAGGCGUUGCAGCGAUCAUCGUCAAAAGACUCGAAGAUGCUGUGAAAGACGGCGAUCCGAUACGAGCUAUCAUUCGGGAAACCGGACUCAAUCAAGAUGGGAAAACGACGACAAUCACAUCGCCGAGCCAGCUGGCCCAGCAGGAGCUAAUUCAGAUGUGUUAUCAUAAAGCCGGGCUUGAUCCUUAUGAAACGGCAUUUAUUGAGGCUCACGGUACCGGUACGGCGACAGGUGAUCCUAUUGAAGCCGGUGCAAUUGCGGAAGUCUUUUGCAAAAGCAGAACUCCCGAGAACAAAAUGUUCAUGGGUUCUGUGAAAAGCAACAUUGGCCACACUGAAGCAACAAGUGGUCUCGCAAGCAUUAUUAAGAUUGUCUUAGCGUUUGAAAAGAAUGUUAUUCCUCCAAAUGUUCACUUUAAGGAAAAGAACCCCAAACUACGUUUCGAAGACUGGAACUUGAAGAUUCCGCUGACACUUCAGCCAUGGCCCUCCACCAACGGCGUUCGAAGGGCAUCAGUCAAUAAUUUCGGAUACGGCGGGGCCAACGCCCACGUUAUCCUGGAGGCAAAUGACUUCUUGCCAACGAUCAACAGUUUGGAUAAUGGUUUAAAAAUGAGACUUCCUAGCGCUGUGAAUGGUCUGAAUAGCAGGCACAACCUCAACGGCAUCGAUAGCAGAAAUGGUAACGAAACGCGGGACGAACCCAUAUCUCGAAUCUUUCUCCUAAGCGCAAAAGAUCAAAAUGCGUGUGAAACUAUGGCAGCACGUCUGAAGGACUACGUUUUGAACCAUCACAGCAUAGACGAAACAAAUUUUCUAGACAAUCUUGCUUACACGCUAGGAUCACGCCGCUCGGUGUUUAACUGGGCAGCGGCGUAUCCAGCCAGUACCUCAUCCGCAUUAGCAAACGCUCUUAUCAGCAACCGUUUCAAACCUACUCGUUCCUCCGAUUCGACUAGGAUAGGGUUCGUCUUUACUGGACAAGGUGCUCAGUGGUAUGCGAUGGGCCGGGAGUUGAUAAAUGCUUACCCUGUCUUCAAAACCGUAAUACUACAGGCCGAUGCAUGUAUUAAAAAGCUAGGAUCUCAUUGGUCAAUACUUGAGGAACUCCAACGUGACCCAGAGAAUAGCAGAGUAAAUGAGAUUUCUUUCAGUUUACCUCUUUGUACAGCCAUCCAACUUGCACUAGUCGAACUUCUCCGAUCAUGGGGAAUUACACCAACUGCAGUUACGGGCCAUUCUAGCGGAGAAAUCGCCGCAGCCUACGCUGCUGGAGCCUUGAGCCUUGAGUCUGCAAUUGCAAUCCCUUAUCUGCGGGGCCAACUUAUCCUUAACAGCGAUGCCAACAUCGUUGGAAAAGGAGGUAUGCUUGCAGUGGGUCUCGGAAGAGAAGCCGCGGAAAGCUACAUCAGCCGAUUGAAUGCGGGCAUGGCUGUCGUAGCUUGCGUCAACAGCCAGCUUAGCGUCACGGUCUCUGGUGAUGUUGCGGCACUCUCGCAACUUGAGGAGAUGCUUUUAGCGGAUAAGGUGUUUGCAAGACGUGUUAAAGUAAACACUGCAUUUCACUCCCCCCAAAUGGAGCCAAUGUCAAAAGCCUAUUCUGGAAUACUUGCCCGGGAGUUAAGACAAGGACACGGCUUUGGUGGAGUUAUUUUCUCGUCAUCGACCACUGCAACUCGGCUUAAUAGUCCCGAGCAAUUAGCUAGCCCGGAACACUGGGUGCUAAAUAUGCUCCAAGCUGUGGAAUUCGAGAAGUCCUUUCACAACAUGUGUUUUAACGAAUCCUCAAAGCAGGAUGUUGAUAUCGUUGUCGAGGUCGGCCCGCAUGGAGCACUUGGAGGCCCGGUAAAGCAACUGCUAUCCUUGCCAGCGUUCGAAGGUCGUGGAAUCUCGUACUUCAGUUGCUUGCUACGAGGAAAAAACGCUGAUGAAACCAUACAUGAUCUUGCAUGCGAUCUUCUCCGUCGAGGAUUACCGGUGAACAUGGAUGCGGUUAACUUUCCUCAUGGUAGAGGUGAAGUGCAAGCCCUUCAUGACCUGCCUCCAUACCCGUGGAACCAUCAGAUUCGACAUUGGAUAGAACCAAGAGUAAAUAAUGCCCUUCGAUACCGACCGCAUCGACACCACGAUCUAUUGGGAUCGUUGCAACCUGGGUCCAACACUCUUACUCCAACAUGGAAACAUAUAAUUCGGACAUCAGACCUGCCGUGGGUACGAGAGCAUGUCGUGCAAUCUCAAUUUGUUUACCCUGGUGCUGGUUUUCUCUGCAUGGCUAUCGAGGGCAUCAAUCAAAUACAUGAGAAUGACACUAACCAUGUUGCCGGUUAUCAACUGCGGGACGUUGAGAUUUCCAAAGCUUUGGUAAUCCCCGACAAUGAAGACGGGGCGGAAGUGCAAAUGACAAUUCUCCCCUCGAAUGAUAGAGUCCUUGGCGAUAGAGACUGGCAGGAGUUCCAUAUCUACUCUGUCACAAGCCAAAAUCAAUGGACGGAACAUUGCAAAGGGCACAUUAAGGUGGAUCAUGAUCUACUGGAUGGAAAGCCCCGUACCCAAUUGAAUGGAAGUGGACUUGCAAAACUCUCCAAGGCUGGAAACGCGACAGAUUAUAGAACAAAGGUUGACCCCAAUGACAUCUUCAAAUCUUUGAGAGACACCGGGAUUUUCCAUGGAACCCCCUUCCAGAACAUACACGCCAUUCAAGUAAAUGGCAGAGCUCAAGCAGAAGUUAUCUUCUCUAUUACAGAUACAACUCCAAGUAUGCCAAUGAACUACCAGCAUGAGCAUAUUAUACAUCCAACGACAUUGGAUUCGGUCUUCUUGGCGGCAUACAGCGCACUUUCUGGAUCCGACAAAGUCCUUCGCUCCGGGUUCGUCCCUAGGUCAAUCAAGCGAUUGAGAAUAUCGCGGGGAAUAAGCAAUGUUGCUGGCCACCAUUUCAAAGCAAAUUCCGCAAUUCACCAUCUCGAUUCACUUACUUUUCUGGCUGGAGUCUCAGUCAGUAAUGACUGCGAUGCCUCUGGCGCCAUCUUAGAACUCGAGGGUCUCAGCUGUCGGUCCCUAGGGCUUGGGUCUAAUCAAAAUACAGACUCACACCAACAAGAAAUUUGCAGUGCUAUGACUUGGGACCUAGAUGUUUCAUUUAGAAAAUUACAGAUUCUGAAAGAGGGGCUGGAAUUUCCAUUCGACGAAGUGGAAGCCGCUGCAAUGAUGGACCUUAGACGUGCCUGUCUGCAUUACAUGCGUGAGGCAACAACCUUAUUGACGGCUCACGACGUCGAAAGACUAGAACCACAUCUCAAGAAAUUUUACGCUUGGAUGAAUAUGCAGUUGGACGCCGAGGAAAAGUCGAGUAUGAAAAUCAAAAGCUCCGGUAUUGAAGAUCUAUUGCGAACGGUCUCCACGGCGAACGUGAACGGACAAAUGGUGACUCGACUAGGUUCAAGUUUGAUUCCGGUUCUCAAGGGAGAAGUGACCACCUUGGAGUUGAUGAGGGGCGACAACCUUUUGACAAAAUAUUACAUUGACGCUUUGAAAUGGGACCGAUCAAUCUGGCAAGCUAGCCAGUUGGUGAAACUCUGUGCGCACAAGUUUCCUCAGGCCAAAAUCUUAGAGAUAGGAGCAGGUACUGGUGGCGCUACACAAGCCAUCCUAGAUGGCAUGGGAGGCGCACCGUUUGGCCAUUAUGAAUUCACAGACAUAUCUCCUGGAUUUUUUGAAGCAGCCAAAGAUCGAUUCAGCAGUUGGGAAAAUAUUAUGAACUUCCGCAAACUCGACAUCGAAUUUGACCCUAUAGACCAAGGUUUUGAGGCUGGGACAUAUGAUGUGGUUAUUGCUGCUCAAGUCUUGCAUGCGACAAAGAACAUGGAAAACACCAUGGCCAAUGUUCGCAAACUACUGAAGCCCGGUGGGAAACUAAUUUUACUAGAGACAACGCAGGAUCAGAUGGAUGUGUUCUUCGCAUUUGGGCUCCUGCCUGGGUGGUGGCUAAGCGACGAAAAGGAACGAGAAUUCACACCUUCUCUAUCCAAGGACCAUUGGAGCCAAGUUCUUAAAAAGAGUGGGUUUAAUGGAGUAGAGCUGGAAGUUUCUGACUGUGAGAAUGAGGAAUUUUAUAUGAUGAGCACCAUGAUGUCCACUGCAAGCCAGCCUCUUCCACGUUACUCCUCGAGCUUUACGCUCGUUUAUUCGACUACUUGCCCACCAGGAUACUGGCUAGAAGAUGCCAAAAAUGCCAUUUCCGCAAUUACAGGAUCGGUGCCUAGUGUCGAAAAGCUUGAGGAUGUUAUCGCUGCUGGUAAAGUUAUCAUAUUCCUAGACAUAGCUGACAACAUUCUGCGCGACAUUAAUUCCGAUCAAUUCAAGACAAUCACUUCUCUCCUUGCAGACAGCAAGGGCCUUCUUUGGGUCUCCAGCGGUGGUGCUAUGGACUGCGAGCAACCUGACGCCAGUCUACAAAUUGGCUUCCUACGAACGAUGAGAAAUGAAUCUGGGGGAAGGCAAUAUGUUUCCUUGGAUCUCGAUCCUAACCAGCAGCCAUGGUCUGUGGAUAAUGUUUUCACUAUCUGUGAAAUUCUUCGAGCCACAUUUGAUGACACAUGCCAACAAGCCGUUAGAGAUUUCGAAUAUGCAGAACGGCACGGCGCAAUUUACACUCCUCGGAUAUACAAGGAAAACUCUUUGAACAAGUUUGUAGACACACAUAGGAACGAAACCGACGUUCACAUGGAACCGUUUUAUCAGCCAAAUAGCCCACUAAGAAUGGCGAUUGGAACUCCAGGUUUACUUGACACUCUUUAUUUUCACGAAGAUCCAAACGUUGAUAAAGACCUCGAUCCAGAGCAGAUUGAAAUUGACUCCAAAGCUAUUGGUAUCAAUUUCAGGGACGUCAUGGUCGCAAUGGGUCAGCUAGAGGCCAAUGCUUUCAUGGGAUUUGAAUGCUCCGGAACUAUAGCUCGUCUCGGCGCUAAAGCAGCGUCUCAAGGCUUCAAAGUUGGCGAUCGAGUUUGCUCUAUUUUGCGGGGUCAUUGGGCUACACUCCCGAGGACAUCUUGGAAAUAUACGGCACUCAUACCGGAUGAAAUGAGCCAUCCCACUGCGGCAGCUAUUCCUCUGGUGUUCACAACUGCGUAUGUCUCACUCUACGAAACUGCGCGUCUCCAAAAGGGUGAAAAGGUGUUGGUACAUGCUGCUUCUGGUGGGGUGGGUCAGGCUGCAAUUAUAUUUUCAAAACUAGUCGGUGCUGAGAUAUUUGUUACCGUGGGAUCAAAUGCAAAGAGGCAGCUCAUCGCAGACACAUACGGAAUUCCAAACGACCACAUCUUCUCAAGCAGAGAUAUCUCAUUUGCGGAACAGAUCCUUGCCAUGACGAAUGGGAAGGGAGUAGAUGUGAUCCUGAACUCUCUUGCGGGAAGCCUGUUGCAAGAAUCUUUCAACUGCCUUUGUGACUUUGGUAGAUUUGUGGAGAUUGGCAAGCGCGACUUAGAACAGAAUAGCAGCCUCGACAUGCUUCCAUUCACUCGCAACGUCUCGUUCUCAUCCGUUGAUCUCAUGAAGUGGGCUGUGCAUAAGCCUGAUGAUGUUUUCCGGGUCUUGAAUGCAACCAUCGAGCUUCUCAGGCAGAAUACUAUAAACCCCAUGAGCCCGAUCACGACCUAUCCAAUCACAGAUAUUGAGAAAGCAUUUCGUACCAUGCAAGCAGGUAAUCAUGUGGGGAAAAUUGUCAUUACUAUUAGUCAAGAGGACAUGGUGCCAGUAAAACGUUCCUCUCCUAUAGUCAAAUUUGCCCCUAACUCAUCCUACUUGAUUGUGGGUGGCAUGGGUGGAAUUGGACGAUCCUUAUGCCAAUGGAUGGUAGAACAUGGCGCAAAACAUUUGGUUAUCAUGUCUCGAAAAGCUGAAAAGAGCCCAUUCCUGGCUGAAUUAGAAGAAACCGGCUGCAAUAUCCGCUGCAUAUCUUGCGAUGUCUCAAGUAGCUCCGAGCUAUCAAGGGCCAUGCAAAAUUGUGCUGGAAUGCCGCCCGUAAAGGGUGUUAUCCAGGGUGCUAUGGUUCUGAAGGAUUCCGUUAUCGAAACAAUGAGUCUCGCGGAUUUCAACACGGCAGUUCUUCCAAAAGUUCAAGGGAGCUGGAACCUUCAUCAACAGCUGCCCAAUCUCGACUUUUUCAUCAUGCUUUCUUCCUUAUCUGGCAUUCUCGGCAACAAAGGUCAAGCUAAUUAUGCCUCUGGAGGAGCAUUCCAAGAUGCGCUUUGCCAAUACAGACAAGCAAGGGGCCUUCCAGCAGUCACGAUCGACCUUGGCCAGGUCAAGGGGGUUGGGUACGUCGCCGAAUCCCAGAACAUUGGGAACACGUUAGAACGCAUUGGGAUGAGACCCGUCAGCGAGAAGGAACUUCACCGGAUUAUCGAGGCGUGUAUUGUUUCACCCUCGCCGGCGCAAAUAAUCACUGGAAUCAACACUGGACCAGGCCCUCACUGGGAGGACCAAGUUUGGGCUAAGGACGCAAGAUUUGCACCACUCAAGUAUAGCGAUUCGUCAGCCCAGCAGGGUCGCACCCGGGAUAGUAGCACUGGAAAUAUCCUGGACACACUUUCAACACUCUCUACACUUGAGGAGGUUGCGGACGUGGUUCUCCAAGCGCUGGUCAAGAAGUUGUCGAAUAUGUUCAUGGUAUCUAAGGAAUCGAUAACUCCUUCCCAGCAGCUCGACGACUUGGGUGUGGACUCGUUGGUCGCCGUCGAGCUCAAAAAUUGGUUGGCAUCGCACGCUGCAGCUAAUGUGUCUAUAUUUGAGUUAUUAAACAGCUCAUCCCUCAAGGAAUUGUCCACGACAAUUGCUUCUAGAAGCACUCGAGUUGAUCCUAGUCUCUUAUCUUGA